AUGAUUUUCACCAAACUUCCUCUCCACAAACUUCUGAGCUACAUUAACACUUGCUCAUCUUCUAUUUCGUUAUUUUUCAACGGAUUUCUUAUAUAUCUCAUACUCACAAAGUCACCUAAAGAAUUCGGCGCCUAUAAAUAUUUGAUGACGGUCAUUUCAGUUUUUGAAGUUCUUUACUCAUUUCUCGAAAUGUUCCUAGUUCCAAUCCACUACACGGUUGGUUCUACAUCAGCGGUGAUCGUUUACGUCGAUGACAAACUGUUCUCUCGUUUCACUCUCCGGAUCCUUAAUUCCAUUUACUGGGCUUUCUUCGGUUCCUCCAUGGCUAUCUAUGCUUUGCAAUUCAUUUAUCGGUAUCUGACAAUAAGCAUGAAUCAGUUGAUAAAAACUUUCUACUCCUGGAAAAUUCUCUUGUGGCUGAUGAUACCAGUACUGAAUGGCGUUAUGUGGGCGUUGAUGGGAAUUUUACUUUGUAGGCCGAAUAAGGAAGCAACAAAUGUCUUGAGACCGUAUGUACUAGAAGACUUCAAAAUUGACAUUGAUAAUUUCGAUUAUUUGGGUGGGCCAUUAUUUAAAAUAGAAAAAGGAACAUUCAUACUUAACAUGAAUACUUUCUCUACAAUCGCAGUAAUGUCUGUGACACUCUCAUUUGGUGUAAUUCUUUUCUGUGGCUUCAAAUGUUACUUCAUGAUUUCUGAACUUAAUUCUAUUACAACAUUAUCAGCCAAAUCGCAAUCAAUGCAAUCCCAACUGUUCUACGCUCUCGUUUUCCAAACUCUUAUCCCGGCCAUCCUACUCCAUUUUCCAGUAUCUGUGAUGUUUGGAUUCGUACUGGCGAGUCACGGAUUAGGGAUUUACAGUUGUAUUAUAUCCAUCACAAUAUCUUUGUAUCCUGCCAUCGAUCCUCUUCCCAACUUUUUCAUCAUCAGUCCAUAUCGAAAAGCGGCGUUCAGUGAGUAUCGUAAUUUUGGGAGCUUAUUUCAAUGUCAAGAACUUUCAGGAUGUUUCAAGCGGAACCGGCAGUUAUCCGAAGUCAAUCAAGUACCGCCAAACUCGAAAAAUGUAGUUGCACCAGCGAAUACUUCCGCGGUCUGA